GCCCUUGUGAAAAUUUCACUUCCGACAACUCGGCAGCCGCAUCGAACACACGUCGCCGGCCGCUCGGUUCUUCAUCGUUUUGUGGCCUCAUCCUCCUCUCCGCUUCUCCAUCGCAAUCUGAUAUCUGGGUUCGCGUCGCGAAUUGGAUCCGAACGUCCGUCCGUAGGGACGGCCAAACGACGGGUUGAUGGCGACGACGAAGGUGAUCGGAUCCAAACCAUCCGACUGCUUCCAAUUCAAAGACCCCGAUACCUGGAUUUGCAUGACUGAGCUUGUAAGUGAUGUGGUGGUUGAAGUAGGAGAGGUGCCCUUCCAUCUUCACAAGUUUCCAUUGAUCAGCCGUAGCGACACGCUGGAAAAGUUGAUAAACGAGUCCACCGGCGACGAUGACGGCAAACCGUGCACUGUGCGGCUGAACGACAUCCCCGGUGGCCCGGAGGCCUUCGAGCUGGCCGCCAGGUUCUGCUACGACGUCAGGAUGGAGCUGAACGCCGCGAACGUCGUGCCGCUGCGCUGCGCGGCCGAGCACCUCCGCAUGACCGAGGACUGCGGUGAGGGGAACCUCGUCGAGCAGGCCGAGUCUUUCCUCCUCGAGGUGCUCGGCAGCUGGAACGACACCGUGCGAGCGCUGCAGGCGUGCGACGCCGUGCUUCCGCACGCCGAGGACCUCCUCAUCGUGCCGCGGUGCAUCGACUCGCUGGCGAGCAAGGCCUGUGCUGACCCGACCCUCUUCGGCUGGCCCAUGCUGGAGCAAUACACGGCGAAGAGCCUCCAGGAGACGGUGAUCUGGAACGGCAUCAGCACCGCCGGGAAGCCGAGGUCGCCGAGCGCGGACUGGUGGUACAAGCAGGCGUCGUCGCUCAGGCUGCCCGUGUACAAGAGGCUCAUCACGGCGAUGCGGUCGAGAGGCAUGAGCCCCGAGAACAUUGCCGGCUCGCUGAUGCACUACGCCAGGCGGCACCUCUCCGGUUUGAGCCGGCACUCGGGCUACAGCGGCGGUAGCCGCGGUGGCGCGUCGGGAACUACUGUGCUCUCGGAUGCUGACCAGAGGGUCCUUCUGGAGGAGGUCGUGGCGCUGCUCCCGGCAGAGAGGGGCGUAGCCACGACGCGGUUCCUGUUCGGCCUUCUCCGCACGGCGACGGUCCUCCACGCCGGCGCGCCGUGCCGAGACGCGCUGGAGAGGAGGGCCGGCAACCAGUUGGAGGAGGCCGCUCUGGAGGACCUGCUGAUACCCAACACCGGCUACUCCGUGGAGACGCUCUACGACGUGGACUGUGUGCAGAGGAUGCUGGAGCAGUUCAUGAUGGCGAGCACGUCGGCAUUCGCCGCGUCGCCGGAUAUCACGGACGAGGGACAGCUGGUUGACGCCCCCUCGUCUGAGCUCAUGCCGGUCAGCACAGUGGCCAAGCUCGUCGACGGCUACCUCGCCGAGGUCGGGACGGACACCAACCUCAAGCUCUCCAAGUUCCAGACCAUCGCCGCCCUCGUCCCGGACUACGCCCGGGCCCUCGACGACGGCCUCUACCGCGCCAUUGACAUCUACCUCAAGGCGCAUCCGUGGCUGACGGACUCGGAGAGGGAGCAGCUGUGCCGGCUGAUGAACUGCCAGAAGAUGUCGCUGGAGGCGUGCACGCACGCGGCGCAGAACGAGCGGCUGCCGCUGCGGGUGGUGGUGCAGGUGCUCGUCUUCGAGCAGGUACGGCUGCGCACCACGGUGGCCGGGUGGUUCCUCGUGUCCGACAACGUCGACCAAGGCUCCAGCUCCGACAACUGCGUCCUGCCGCGGAGGAGCGACGAGCUGGACUUUGCGGCUGGGUCAGAGACGGACGAGGAGGGCUUCGUUGCCCGGCACGACGAGCUGUCAUCGGCGAUGAGCGUGGAGGAGAUCCGGCAGAGGGUGUCGGAGCUGGAGGAGGAGUGCUCGAGCAUGCGGCAGGAGAUCCACCGGCUCGGGAAGCCCAAGAGCGCCCUGAGCCGGCUGUUCCGGAAGCUGGGGCUCGGCGGGAGGUCGUCGUCGCGGCAGCAACAGCAGCUGCCGCUGCCGGGCUCGAGUGACAAGAGGCGCAAGUCGUUGGAUUUGGGGUGUUAACAUGGGAACGUUUAGACGUCAGUUAAUUUGUUUGACGUUCGGUUUUAAGAUGAUCUCGAUUUGUAGGUAGAAAGCUCAUUGAUUCAUUCUUUCUUCUUUUUGCUGGCACAGGAAUUUGUUUAGAUGUACAUAACUAAA